UAAAAAUGACUCGCCACGCUAGAAAUUGUACUGCCGGAGCAGUUUAUACGUACCACGAGAAGAAAAAGGAUGCAGCAAACUCUGGUUUCGGUACGACAUCCCGCCGCAUUGGGAAGGAUUCGGUGAAAAGCUUCGACUGUUGCUCGCUGACCUUGCAACCGUGUCGAAAUCCAGUAAUAACCAAAGAUGGUUAUCUGUUCGAUAAGGAAGCCAUCCUCACCUACAUCAUCUCAAAGAAGAACGAAUACAGCCGCAAGAUGAAAGAGUACGAGAAGCAGGUCAAACAGGACGAGGAAGAGGAAACUGCAAAGGCAAACGCAGAACAGCAAAAGAAGUUGGAUCGGUUCAUCUCGACGGAGAAAAAUAUCGUGAGCAGUAAGGCUGUCAUACCAAGCGUAGAAAAACCUAGCACCAGUGGAGCGAUUUCGAACGUGUCGCUGGGCAAGCGAAAGGAGCUGCCCAGUUUUUGGGUACCGUCACAAACACCGGCAGCCAAGGUGUCGCGCAUCGAAAAACCAGAUAGCAAAAUCUAUUGCCCCGUUUCAAACAAACCGCUGAAAGCUAAAGAUUUGAUUGAGGUAAAGUUUACGCUCGUAAAGGAUCCGUCCGAUAAGAAAUCGCUGAUUGCAAAGGAAAACCGAUACAUGUGUGCGGUGACGCAUGAUAUCCUGAACAACUCAGUACCGUGUGCAGUGCUGAAACCGACCGGAGACGUCGUAACAAUAGAAUGUAUUGAAAAAAUCAUCAAGAAAGACAUGAUACACCCUUUGACGAAUGAAAGGCUCUCGGAAUCGGACAUUAUUCCACUGCAACGUGGCGGAACUGGGUUCGCAACGACCAACGAGAAGCUAGAAGCCAAAGAGCAAAAACCUUGUCUGCAAGUUUAAAUUAGUGCAAUUUUUCUGU